AUUUCCAGGAUCCGAACGGGUCGGAUGCCAUUGCAUAAUUUAAAGUCUUCGAAUUGUCUACCUCGUUUUAGCUACGGUGACCAGCCUUCGCCAUUUUGACCAGCGCAUUUUGCAUCAAGGGCAAAUUCACUUCCCAGUCCUUUGAAUAACUCACGCUUUGCACACAUUCUGCCAUUCUCAAUCUCUAAUCUUAUCAAAAUUAUACUUUCCGUAUGUUUUUCAGUUUCUCCAUUGUGUCAAAGAUCCGUCAAGACUCAAAUAAGGCUACAAAUAUACUCGCAAUUACGAAACUUGAUUCUGCGACCAGGAUUACUUCAAACAAUCGUUGAACGCCAGUCUAAAGCAGCAUACUAAUAAUUCUAGCGUCUCGUUCCUGAAUUUCCAUUCUAGUACAUCAACAUUAAUUGGGGAACGCUGAGCUGAGGAAGGGUCGAGAUUGAGGGGUUUAAAGUCGGGAAAGAACAGAACGAACAACUACAAACAGAAACAGAAACCCAUUGGAAUGGGAACUGUGAAGCAGCAUUACCUUCGAUCAAUGCUUCAUUCACAAACACAAAUCACAAUAUAAACGCGCGCUUUGGAAUUUCGCAACUACGAAAAUAAUCAAUUUUACUCUUUGUUUACAAGGCAAUAAAAAUAAAGCAAUUAAAUAUUACCGAGAUCUCCCGCGCCCAAUCGCGAAUUGUUUGCUUCAUUGAGAGAAGAUGGGCUCAACACAAUUUGGAAAUUUCCAUGUGAGUAGAUUUGCACAAUCCAAUUGCAGUUGAAAUAUAAAACCGAUUACUGACAAACGUUCUAUCCAGAAUUUCUGCCGUGACUCGACGUUACCAGUCUGCAACGUUCGUACCACUUCCCAAAUUCAAAAUACGGUUCGCGAUUCAACGUUGCUAACCGGAUUUUUCAAUAGCUAUUUAAUCCUCCUACCAACAGCAAUUUCGGAUAUGGGGGCUGCGAACUUACCGGUAUAUCAUUGGGUAGUGGAAAAUAUUUGGGAAACUUGGGUUCGUUCCCGCAAUUCAAUUUACUGCAAAGCCAUAGACUAACUUUCCCGGAGGCUCAAUAUUAAUUGCAGGAAUCGCAAUUGUCAUUACUGCAUUCUUGAUAUGGCGGUCGGACCGGAAACAGGCAGCAGUGGGAAGAAGGUAUACAGUUUCUAGAGAUAAAUUCUUGAAUUGUGUUCAUUGCUGAUAUUUUUCUCCCCAGAGAAAUGCAGCUUUUCCUCGUAGGUUAUCUGAUUAUUGAAAUCUGUGAAAUAUUUACUGUGGGAGAGUUUCCUCUGAGCGCAACUGUUCGGAUAGUAAGUAGGACCAAGCUCUCAAGCCCCAUAUGCAAGAGCUGACCGUUACUCCAGGCAUUCACGGGUAUCCACCUCGGAAUGAUUAGCGCGACAUUAUGGAUUCUAAUGUUGAAUGCUGUCGUGGGCUAUCAGAUAAUCGAUGACGGGACAGCCAUGUCACUAGGCCUUAUGGUUGCUUCAGCAGCAGCUAUCUUCAUCGGAACUGGAUACAUCGCCCUUGAUACUGGGUACAGCUGGACAGGGCAUUUCGACUCAAGUUUAGUUGGCCAUGGCAACAGCCAGGCUCGAAAUAUCGCGCUCUACGUCCUAUAUCAACUCGCGCCAUUGGUGUUUUUGUUCGUAUUUUUUGUCCUAGAGACAGUUUUGGUCAUUAAAGUUUUGGGCGAGCGUAAGCCCAUGAUCUUUUUAGCUGGUGCAGCUGUCCUAUUCGCUCUGGGCCAGAUCUUCAACUAUGUUAUCAGCCCUCAUAUUUGCAACGGCACGAACGGAAAAAUCGAUGGAGCUCUUUUCGAGACGCUCUUUACUCUGCUAUCUGUGGUCAUGGUAUGGACCUUUUGGUCAAGUAUCACAGAGGAUGAUUGGCCAAUGCCAGUCACAAACACAUACUCAUGACGAAAUUAAGAAAAUUAGGGAGCAAUGGAGUUAGGAAUUUUGUUAUAAUGGGGAUACGAAAAGUCUUACAACAAUAUUAAUUUAAUGCGCGGAAUGGACAUCUUGCUACAUAAAUAGCAUGAAUAUUGGCUUAAAGGAUAGUAUGUAUUGCAGCUACAGCUCCUGUCUACGGGGUAAUGAGGACGGGAAUAUGACGCCACACGACAAGAUGGCGAGUAGUAAUGGCAGGGGCAGCUGGGAAGGAUUAUAUGAAUUGGUGGAAUGGCUUGUAUAGUGAUUUUGCGAGUAUUAUACCCAACAUGGAACUUAUAAUAGGAGGAGAAUAGAGAUUAAUUCAGAGCAUCAGAGUAAAUCAUGUUACCACAUC